AUGUCCGAACACGUGGACAAUCUUGACCCUCCUAAAUGUGAUCAUAUUAGCCUGGAAGACUUGGCACAGUCAGAUGGCUCUGAUUCCAACCGUCCUACGCUUUUUGCGAUUAAAGGGGUAGUUUUCGAUGUGAGCACCAACCCUGCCUUUGCUCCUGAGGGGUGUUAUCACGUAUAUGCGGGAAAGGAUCCUUCUCGCGCCCUUGCGUUGUCAUCCUGCAAUCCUGCAGAUUGCAGACCAGAAUAUGAUGAUCUGGGGGACUUGGAGCAAACAAUCCUCAACGAAUGGUUUGAUGUCUACAGCAAGCGAUAUAACAUUGUUGGAAGGUGUCAAAAAGAUAGUCAUGAAGAAGAUUCAGAUGGCAGUGACGAUGCAGCGCCCUUUUAA